UCUCCCCUCGUGCCCAUGGGCCUGUCGUUGAGCGAGAAAUCAAGGAUAAAAAACUUAACAAGACAGGAGAAGAGAGGAAAUCAGAAAAUGCCUGCCAACGCUGAAGUAAACGAUGACCAGCAAGGUACGCAGGAGCCUCUGUCAAUAGAUGAUAUAACAGAAGAAGUCAAGGAAGAGGCUGAAAGGAUUAAGAAUGAGGCAAACCAACUUUUCAAAGAUGGCAAGUAUGACAAGGCUGUUGAAAAAUAUUCAAUUGCAAUAGAGAAAAAUCCUUUUGUUGCUGCAUAUUAUGGAAAUAGAAGCAUCUGCCACUUCAGACUGGAGUGUUUUGGACUGGCUCUAAGUGAUGGGAACAAAAGCAUAGAACUUGAUAAGAAAUAUGUCAAGGGCUAUUAUAGAAGAGCAAGUGCAAAUAUGGCUUUAGGCAAGUUCAAGCAAAGUUUAAAGGACUAUGAGGCAGUUGCGAAGGUCCGGCCGAAUGAUAAAGACGCCCAAAAGAAAUAUACUCAGUGCAAAAAAGUUGUUCAAGAACAAGCAUUUGCCAGGGCUAUUGCAGUGGAAAGUAAAACAAAAUCAAUAUGUGAGACGUUGAAUAUUGAUGCAAUGGUUAUUGAGUCAGACUACACUGGACCUUCACUCAAAGAUGAAAAGCUCGUCACAGAAGACUUCAUGAAAGAAUUACUACCAUUUCUUAAAAGUCAAAAGAGGCUGCAUAAGAAAUAUGCCUAUGAGAUAUUAUUACAAAUCAAGGAAUAUUUCAGCAAAGGUCCAUCGCUUUGUGAAAUCGAGAUACCAGAGACAAAUAAGUUCACAGUCUGUGGAGACAUCCAUGGGCAGUAUUAUGAUCUGCUAAACAUUUUCGAUAUGAAUGGGAUUCCUUCAAAAGAGAAUCCUUAUCUUUUCAACGGCGAUUUCGUCGAUCGUGGCUCCUUUUCUGUAGAAGUCAUUUUAACCUUAUUCGGAUUCAAACUUUUAUAUCCUGAUUUCUUUUUCAUGGCAAGAGGUAACCACGAAAGCUCAACAAUGAAUCAGAUGUAUGGGUUUGAAGGCGAAGUCAAGUCAAAAUAUUCAUCUAGUAUGGCUGAAUUGUUUACCGAGGUUUAUAACUUACUCCCGUUAGCACACGUGAUAAAUGGGAAAAUUUUGGCCAUGCAUGGAGGUCUUUUUAGUGAGGACGGUGUUAAAUUAAACGAUAUCAAAGCAAUAGAUAGGAACAGACAACCCCCGGAAUCAGGUUUAAUGUGCGAUCUGCUAUGGUCUGAUCCACAACCACAGAACGGACGAAGCCCAAGUAAAAGAGGAGUUGGUACUAUGUUUGGACCAGAUGUCACCUUUAAAUUCUGUAAAGAAAAUGGCCUAGACUAUAUUAUUCGAAGUCACGAAGUUAAGGAAGAAGGAUAUGAAGUUGCUCAUGAAGGCAAAUGCAUAACUGUAUUUUCGGCUCCAAAUUAUUGCGACCAAAUGGGGAACAAAGGAGCGUACAUAACGCUAGACAAAACCCUUAAACCAAAGUUCACUUCAUUCGCUGCUGUCCCACAUCCCGAUGUAAAGCCAAUGGCCUAUGCUAAUUCGUUGAUGUCAAUGCUUGGUUUCUCGUGACGAUGUUGGGCAUGAUUGGUGAUUACGUCAGGUUGAAGCAAACUCGCGUUUAGAUAUCCCCCCUCGUGGAUUCUUGACAUUCAGAUUUUGCAUCAAAGCAAUAAUAGCCCAGCGUUUUUAAAUAAUCUAAUAUACAAUUAAUGUUUUACGAAUCAAAACUUGAUAAGCUUCAAGCUGACGAAAAUAUACAUGGAUGAAAAAGCCACACAUCAUUGUAGAGAUAUUACACCUAUCACAUUACAGAUGGAGAAUGACAGAUCUGAGAUCCUUAUUAUUUUCUUGAAGAGAGAUAUUUGUUUUACAAUGCUUUGAACUAUAAAUUUAACACUAUAAAAGUAAACUUGUAGAUUGUAGUGACUUUGAGAUGAAAUGUUUUGCGUUAUCAACAACAAAGCCAUGGGUAAA